AUGUCUGAGCUGCAGGAACUGAAAAGAGAGAUGGCAGAGAUGCAGAGGAGGUUUGCUGAGCAGGCAGGGGCACUUGACCAAGCCAGGGCAGAGCAGAGAGAAGCCCUAUCCUUAGCAAAGGUGGUAAUUGAGAGCCAGGCCUCUGCGCAAACGACCCCAGCUGCCAUUUAUAUCCCUAGGGACCGGAAGCUCCCUGAUUACACUGGUAGCGUGUCAAAACCAGGAGACCUGAGUAUUGAAGAAUGGGUGGCAUCAAUGAAGUCUGCAUUUCAAGUCAUGAGGGUGCCCACUGAGGAUCGUGUUGAGCUGGUGAAACAGCACCUAAAAGAUGAGGCCAAAGCCACAGUGAAGUUCAUGAUGGACGGAAAAGAGGAGUCUGUUGACAACAUCUUCACUGUUCUCCCUGACACUUAUGGAGAUAAAGUCCCCAUUGGUACAAGGCUGAAGGACUUCUAUGAUCGUUCUCAGAAUACAGGAGAAACAAUACGCUCCUAUGCAUAUGACCUCCGGGAAAGACUUAAUCGUGUUCAGCGCCGAGAGCCAGCUAGAGUGGCAGAUGCAGAAAAGGUUUUGAAAGAGCAACUGGUGCUAGGCCUAAAAGAUGACUUCCUGCGUCGAGAGAUGAAACGCAGAAUUAAAGCUGAGCCAGAUUUGUGUUUCGUGGAGUUGAUGCAAGCAGCAAUUACCUGGUCAGAAGAGGAAAAAGCACAGCCUUCUAGUAAUGUCAGGCCCAGUACCCGUGCCAGAGGGGUAGUGAAUGCUGCUGCAGCACAGGAUGCUCCCUCCACUAUGUCUUUAGAAAAGUUGCAUGAAGCAAUUCAGAAAAUAGCUGCUCGUCAAGAGGAAUUAUAUCAAAUCGUUCAUGCAAAAGAAAGGGAUAGACCACAGCAGAGCCGUCCAAAGAAUCAACCGCUAAAAGACAGUGAAGGCCGUUAUAUUUGUUAUUCUUGUGGUGAACCUGGACACACCAGUCGCUAUUGUACACAAGGUGGCAAGCCUGGGAGGGGACCAGCCCCAUCACAGUGUAUAGUGGAGUCCGCUGAAGUUACAGAGAGAGAUUCAGGAGGUGCAGUACAGAAAAGCCCAGGGCCCUCAUUGAUUAGAUGUCACACAGCAGAAUGGUUGGCUGAUGAGACUGCUGAAAAACUGAAGGAUAGUGCUUUUGGGGAUUGUCUCGCUGUUGAGGUGAAGAUAGCUGGUGUCAAGACCAAGUGCCUCUUAGAUACAGGGUCAGAGGUGUCCACCAUCUCUGAAUCCCACUUCAGACAGCACUUUGGGGAGCAAAAGCUAAAGUUGUCCUCUGCAUGCUGGGUUAAACUGACAGCGGCCAAUGGCCUAGACAUUCCUGUCUUAGGUUGCUUACAGGCUGAUGUAGAAUGUCUGGGAAAAGUGCUUCCUAGUAAGUGUAUAUUCGUUCUGACUGACACAAGUCCUGAUGUCAAGGAAAUGAAAGGAGUGUCUGGAAUCAUCGACUGUGGAAGGGUCCCUGUGCGUAUGCUGUACUUGAGUGGAAAGACCGUUAGAAUUGCACCCCGAUCUAGAGUGGCUUCUAUUUUUAAGCCGAAAGAGGUGGUCACAAAUAAUGUUCUUGAAUUGGAGGAAGAUGACGGUGUACUUCAUGUCAAAGAAUUAAAGGAAGAUAAUGUUCAGGCUGAUAAGAACUUACUCAUGCAGCCGCCAGUUCCGGUUGAAGUAAAUUAUGAAGGUCUCACACCAGCACAAUGUGAAAGGCUCGCUGAGUUGUUAUCAAAACACAGAGAUGUCUUCUCUAGAGAUGACCAAGAUUAUGGUUACACCACUGCUGUGGUGCAUGAUAUCCCUACUGGCGAAGCACCACCAAUAAAACAGCGUCAUCGUAGAGUACCACCACAGAUAUUUCAAGAAGUCAAAAGACAUGUCCAGAACCUGGUGUCCCAGGGAAUCCUCAAAGAGAGCAGUAGCCCCUGGGCAUCACCCACAGUUAUCGUAAUGAAGAAAGAUGGCAGUGUGCGUUUCUGCUGCGACUAUCGAAAGCUGAAUCAAGUGACAUAUAAGGAUGCUUAUCCGCUUCCACGGGUGGACGAGUCCUUGGAGGCGUUGGGCAAUGCUAAACUAUUCUCUACACUGGAUUUGACUGCUGGGUAUUUCCAGGUGGCUGUGAGUGAGAAAGAUAGGGAGAAGACAGCUGUCACCACCCCAUUUGGGCUGUUUGAGUGGACCAGGAUGCCGUUCGGGUUGUGCAAUGCUCCGGCCACCUUUCAGCGCCUGAUGGGUGUGGUGCUGGGUGACUUGGCCUUCGAUGUUCUUCUGGUCUAUCUGGAUGAUGUCAUUAUCUUCUCCAGAGAUUUUGAAAGUCACUGUGAGAGGUUAGAACUUGUCUUUAACCGGCUAAGACAACAUGGUCUGAAGUUAAAGCCAAGCAAGUGCUUCCUUCUAAGGCCUGAAGUAAAGUUUUUAGGGCACCAGAUCUCCUCAGAAGGCAUAAAAGUGGAUAACGAGAAAGUUAAAGCUUUGGACACAUGGCCAGUUCCCAGAAAUGUGAGAGAAGUCAGGCAAGUGCUUGGUUUUAUGAGCUAUUACCGAAGAUUUGUCCCAAGGUUCGCUCAAAUUGCCAAACCUCUACAUGCACUGGUAAGUGGAGGAAAGAGAAGCAAGACCUCAGUAACAUUCACUUGGACUCAAGACUGCCAGACCGCAUUGGAUGAGUUGAAAGGGUGUUUAAUGUCCCCACCAAUUCUAGCGUAUACUGACUUCAGUGAGCCCUUUAGACUUACCACUGAUGGAAGUAGUCACGGACUGGGAGCGGUCCUCAGCCAGAAGCAGGAGGGGAUUGAGCGUGUGGUGGCAUACACAAGCAGAGGACUAAGAGGUUCUGAGAAGAAUGACAAAAACUAUAGUGCAUUCAAGUUGGAGCUGCUUGCAUUAAAGUGGGCGAUCACAGAAAAAUUUAGAGAAUACCUUAUGUAUUCAAAGUUCACUGUGCUUACUGACCAUAACCCGCUACGGUACCUCUACUCCACUAAUCUUGGCGCAGUUGAGCAGCGCUGGGUAGCGCAGCUGGCGGAGUAUGACUUUGAAGUCUGCUAUAAACCUGGCCGACACAACACAAAUGCGGACGCCCUGUCGAGGAUCCCCUCAAGGGAGGAACCGGAGGAGGAUGAUGAUGGAAAGGAUUUCAUCCGGCUAGGAGCUGAUGAGGUGAGAGCAUGCUUGUGGCCAGGCAAGAGGAUUGACCAAGAGGAACCUGAAGGUAAAGCUGCGGUUCAAGCAUCAAUAAGAGGAGAAAUAAACGGGUAUAGCUGGAGCGAGAUCGGAAAGCAGCAGAAGAACGAUCCUGUGAUCGGCCCCAUUUAUAAAGCAGUAUGCGAUACCAAGAGACCAAGUAAAAUGCAUCACAGUUAUAUGGAGCCUAAAAUGAAAAAGCUUGCCAAAGAGUUUGACCGUCUUAAGUUGCGUCAGGGAGUGCUGUUCAGACGCAUCCUGGACCCUAGGGAUGGGGAAGAGAUCUGGCAGGUGGUUGUUCCUGAGCCUAUACAGCGUGAAGUGUAUGAGGGACAACAUGAACACGGAGGUCAUUUUGGAGAAAGAAGUACAUUAACUCUAAUGAGACGCAGUUAUUACUGGCCUACCAUGUCUGCAGAUGUUCCAUGCUGGAUAAGGCAGUGCAAGAGAUGUACACUAGCCAAAGACGUUUUCCCCAGGCUUCGAGCUCCUAUGACAUGCAGUAAUGUUUCAGCUCCAUUAGAGGUCCUAGCCAUGGAUUAUACACAGCUUGAACAGCCUUCUGGAGGGUAUGAAAAUGUGCUCGUUCUCACCGAUAUGUUUACCAGAUUCACAGUCGCUGUUGCUACCAGGAAUCAGACCGCAAAUACAACAGCCAAGGCCCUGCUCAAGCACUGGUUCGUUUAUUAUGGCUGUCCGGCUCGCCUGCAUUCUGACCAGGGCAGAUGUUUCGAGGCCAAUGUGAUCAAAGAGCUUUGCAGGAUCUAUGGUAUAGGAAAAAGUCGUACAAGCCCAUACCAUCCACAGGGAAACUCUCAAUGUGAGAGAUUUAAUCGUACCAUGCACGACUUGUUAAGAACCUUGCCUCCAGAGAAGAAGAGAGAUUGGAAGACUCACCUUCCAGAGCUGGUAAUGGCUUACAACAGUCACGUCCAUUCAUCUACUGGUUAUUCUCCGUUCUAUUUAAUGUUCGGAAGGGAUGCACGUUUACCAAUGGACGUUUUUGGAGAAAAGGAUCUAGACGAGGAUGAGGUUGAUAACCUGGAUGACUGGGUGAAAGGUCAUCAUGCAAGAUUGAAGACGGCUGUGGAGGUUGCAAACGCAGCAUCUCAAGAGGCUUCCAGAAAGAGAAAGAGGAUUUAUGACCGCAAAUCCUUUGGAGCUCUUGUGAGGCCUGGAGAUCGGGUGCUACUGCGCAAUCACAAACACAGGGGUAGAAAUAAAAUUCAGGAUAAAUGGGAAGACACACCAUAUAUAGUGCUAAAGCAAAACCACUCAGACAUACCUGUGUUUACCGUCAAACCAGAAAAGGGGGGUCCUACAAAAGUAGUACACCGAGAUCAGCUUCGGCACUGUUCGUUCCCAUCACCCACAACACGUCAGACUUUGUCUGCUUUCAUGAAACCCUACGACACUCCACUUACCAUGCACACACAAGGGUGGGUCAAGAGGAGUCAGAGAGAAUAA